AUGCUUGCUAUUAUACCAAAUACUUUUAUAUCUAUCUGCCACUCCCCCUCUCUCUGUGUAUCCCCACCCCAUAUAUAUACUGUUACUCUCUCUUCCCUCUCCCCAUGUCCCUGCAUAUAUUUCUCUAUUUCCGUUCCCCCAUUUAAAAACUGUUUUCCCCUUUCAUUUCUGAAUCUCUUCUUUUUUCUCUUUUCUACACCUUUUGGUUGCUUUUUCUUUUUUCCUUUAUCUUUUCCCUUUUCCUUUUUCUUUUUCCCCAUUUUUCUUUUUCCCCCUUUUUCUUUUUCCCCCUUUUUCUUUUUUCCCCUUUUUCUUUUUUUCUUUUUUUUCUCACUUUUUCUUGUUUUUCUCACUUUUUCUUUUUUUCUCUUUUCUUUCUUUCUUUCUCUUUUCUUUCUUUUCUUUUCUUUUCUUUCUUUCUUUUUUCUUUUCUUUUCUCUUUUCUUUUUCUCUUUUCUUUUUCUUUUUCUCUUUUCUCUUUUCUUUUUUCUCUUUUCUUUCUUUUCUUUUCUUUUUUCUUUCUUUCUCUUUUCUCUUUUCUUUUUUCUUUCUUUUCUUUUCUUUCUUUUCUUUUUUUUCUUUCUUUCUCUUUUUUUCUUUCUUUCUCUUUUUUCUUUCUUUCUCUUUUUUUCUUUCUUUCUCUUUUUUCUUUCUUUUCUUUUUUUUCUUUUCUUUCUUUUUUUUCUUUCUUUCUUUUUUUUCUUUUUCUUUCUCUUUUUUCUUUCUUUUCUUUUUCUUUCUUUCUUUUUUUCUUUUUUCUUUUUUUCUUUCUUUCUUUCUUUUCUUUCUUUCUCUUUUUUUCUUUCUCUUUUUUUCUUUCUUUCUUUCUCUUUUCUUUCUUUCUUUCUCUUUUCUUUCUUUCUUUCUUUCUCUUUUCUUUCUUUCUUUCUUUCUUUCUCUUUUCUUUCUUUCUUUCUUUCUCUUUUCUUUCUUUCUUUCUUUCUUUCUUUCUCUUUUCUUUCUUUCUUUCUCUUUUCUUUCUUUCUUUCUCUUUUCUUUCUUUCUUUCUCUUUUCUUUCUUUCUUUCUUUUCUCUUUUCUUUCUUUUUUCUCUUUUCUUUCUUUUUUCUCUUUUCUUUCUUUUUUUCUCUUUUCUUUUUUCUUUCUUUUUUCUUUUCUUUCUUUUCUUUCUUUUUCUUUCUUUCUUUCUUUCUUUCUUUUCUUUCUUUCUUUUUCUUUUUUCUUUCUUUCUUUCUUUCUUUCUUUCUCUUUUCUUUCUUUCUUUCUUUUCUCUUUCUUUCUUUCUUUCUCUUUUCUUUCUUUCUUUCUUUCUUUCUUUCUUUCUUUUUCUUUCUUUCUUUCUUUUUCUUUUUCUUUCUUUUUUCUUUCUUUCUUUCUUUCUUUCUUUCUUUUCUUUCUCUUUUCUUUUUUCUUUUCUUUUCUUUCUUUCUCUUUUUCUUUCUUUCUUUCUUUCUUUCUUUUCUCUUUUAUUUUCUCCUUUCUUUCUUUCUCUUUUUUUUUCUCCUUUCUUUCUUUUUUUCUUUCUCCUUUUCUUUCUCCUUUCUUUUUCUGCUUAAUAAGAAUAGAUAUUACGGCAUUAGUAGAUACAGAGACAGGUGACAGAAGAGUUAUUAUUACCCGUCCUGGACACCGAGAACGUCCGAGUCGGAAUCAAACUGGAGGAAGCAUUUCAAUCUCUCAGCACAAAGGUUAUGCAUACUGGAAUGUCCCACCCUUUGUCAUGAAAAUGCAAAGAAAACUGCAAUACAAGAUUCGACAGAUGUCAAAUAUGGUAUAUAAUGGACUCAGUGAUACAUUGUAUAACAUAACAAGGAGAUCCAAAUAUAUUGUUAACAAACACUCAGCAAUUAAGGAUGAUGCCAGUCAUUUGAUAUCGAAUACUCAUGAUGACAUUGAAGAUAUCGUUGAACUGAACAACAACAUUUAUGAUCUUGUAUUGUCCAUUAGCGCAUUUCACCGGCGUUUAUAUGAGCGUCUUUAUGAACAAGGACCUUCACCAACACCAGGUGCCAUACCAAACAUAACAGCCUUUGUAAAAAGAGACUACAGUGGACUUAAUCGAGAGGCUUUAAUUUUGCUUCGGAUGAUGAAGCACAUGCGAAACAAAUUCUUCCAUUUGAAUCAUACAUAUGCUAAGCAUAUUAACUACUACUAUGACAAACUGGACCGUAUCCGUGACGUUAUAUCCAGUCAGAGGAUUCGAAUUGGUGAUCUUAUGGACAUGGCCAUGUACGUCAACAAUCAAAUGAGUAAUCUGACCAAAUUGCAGGUGCCAAGUGUCUUGAGACAAAUUUAUGAUGAAAGGCAUAAACUGAUAACAGAUAAUUACCAAAGCAGACAUCAACUUCAUAUUACUGAGCAAGUUCAUCAAGAUGUGACAACAUUUCAAAAGUCAUGCCAGCUGAGGCUUCAAGAACUUACCCAACUUAAUUAUACCCUUUUAAAGAAACUUCCAAAACCAACAACCACUCCACUAACUUUCAAAGAGAAAAGAAAACUCCAAAUAUUGGUCAAUAGGGUCAAAGGACACACAGAAAAUAUCUUAAAAACUGCUGCUGAAAUUGACAGCCUCCUUCCACCUGUAAUAACUUCUGCAAAGGAAUUGAUUCUGAAAUUGUCGAUGGAAUCUCAAAGUGACUCGUAUAAAGUGUGGGCAUUGGGCAAGAUUCUGAAACAUUGGGGUAAAAUUGCAAGUGCAGUGCAUGGAAAUGCAGGGAGGAGGAAAUGGAUGAAAAAGAGACGACAAAGAAUAAGAAGGAUGAGAGGAAGGAUGCCAAAGUCUAAAUCUCUCAUCUCCAAGAGAAACAGACGUGCAGCUGAUGUGUUGGAAGAAGAUAUUGAUAAAAUCUAUGAAGAAAUCAUUCAUAUAUUGACACAAAUUAUCAAGCGACUUGAUGAUAUGUGGAUGAAGCUGUUUGAAGUCUCUUCAGGAAAUAUUGGUAAAUGUGAAAAACUUGAUACAGAAGGAUCAGGAGAGGAUGAUACAGAGAUGGAAUGUGAAGUUCAGGGUAGUGGUAAGAUGGACAUUACUGAAUCUGAGUCAGGAACAACUACCAGCGAAUCAUUAGCUGGAAAUAAUGACCAUGAUGAUAGUAAUGACUUUGAAUUCACAGAUGUGAAAACUGUAGUCGUGUCCUCUCACCGAGAGCAUCUGCAGUCAAUUGUCAGUGCUUCUUUGUCUCAGAGUAAGAAACAUCUUAAAAUAUCCAGAAACCUAGUAAAUGAUGUUCAAGAUAUAAAAUCCUCCUUAGAUGAAACACUGUGA